AGAUUCAUCGUGAUCGAUGAAAAGUUUCUAUGGAAAAAAAAUUUACAAGAAAAGAGUUGCAAGCCAAACUCUGACGAGAAGGAUCGAGUCGAGUCGUUCACAAGAAGCUUCUGUUUGUUUGUAUUCCUCCGUCUUCCCCCAAUUCAAUAAUUGCAGAGGCCUCCAGAACACCAACAAAUUUCUAGAAUCGUAUAUCGUCGUUCCGAUCUUCAUAAAAAUACUAUUAAAACAUGGAACACGAGCCCCCCAAAAAAUAUUUAUCAAAUUUCACGUCGACGCUUAUAAAUCCCAGCGUCGUCUCCGGCGCAUGCAGUGCAGAUCUCAGAGACAGAAGGGAAAAGUUGAUCGGAGGCAUGGGAUACUUCAGGGAAGCCACCGGCAUCCCCGGCCCGAGCGGAUUCGGAUCCAAAUCCACUGCCGAGCAGGUCACCGAAGGCAUCGACGCCUCCGAUCUCACCGUCAUCGUCACCGGCGGAAGUAGCGGCAUCGGAGCAGAGACGGCGAGGGUGAUGGCCCUCCGAGGCGCCCACGUCAUCAUCGGCGCGAGGAACUUCGAAGCCGCUAGAGCCGUGAAGCAGAACAUCCUGCACGACGUUCCGUCCGCCAGGGUGGACAUCAUCGACCUCGAGCUCAGCUCGCAGAAGUCUGUUCGGGCCUUCGCCGACAAGUUCCUCGCCAUGAAUCUCCCUCUCAACAUUUUGAUAAACAAUGCCGGUGUUAUGAACUGCCCUUACCAGCUCUCAGAGGAUGGAAUAGAGAUGCAAUUUGCUACGAAUCACAUCGGUCACUUCCUGCUGACUAAACUACUUCUUGAGAAGAUGAAAAGCACGGCGGAGACGUCAGGAGUCGAGGGCCGUAUCGUGAAUGUUUCAUCCGCAGCUCACAUGAUGACAUACAGAGAAGGAAUCCGGUUCGACAAAAUCAACGACAAGAAGUCAUACAACGAUAAAUUAGCGUACGGGCAGUCCAAAUUGGCCAACAUAUUGCAUGCCACCGAGCUCGCAAGGCGCUUAAAGGAAGAAGGAGCGAAUGUGACCGCGAACGCUGUUCAUCCCGGCCUGAUUAAAACAAACUUGAUGAGGCACUCCGUCGUGUUCGUCACUUUGCUGAGGGCUUUCACUUGCGUGCUGUGGAAGAGCAUACCGCAGGGCGCGGCCACAACGUGCUAUGUGGCGCUGCACCCGAGCGUGAAGAGAGUGAGCGGGAAGUAUUUCGCCGACUGCAACAUCGAGAAGCCGACUGCCAAGGCCACAGACGAAGCAUUGGCGAGGAAGCUGUGGGAGUUCAGUGAAUCACUAACCAAAUAAUAAAAAGAGUGUGUUGGGCAUGCUGUUACGGAUGACCGGGUUAAAUUCGGCCCCGUAUGUUUGAAACGAAUUUAAACCCCCGUGUGUAUAUAUAUAUAUGUUUAAUAUUUAUAUUAUAUAAUAUAAAAUAUAUUAUAAUAAUAA